UCUUAUAAUCAAUGACAAUGAGCAGGUCUUGGCCACACGUCUUGGCCACACUCACAGAGUCGCAGUUAUAUUUUAUAUUAUAUAUAUAUAAAGCUUCUGAAGAGCUAGCUUAGCUCCAAUUCUAAUCAACCAUGGCGGAGGAAACAAAUCCCAGCCGUUGGAUCGAUCCCAAGAGCGGCUACUGUCCACAAACCAAGACCUUCCACACUCUCCGACCUCCGGUCCCACUUCCGCCUCUCUCCCAACCCCUCUCCAUCACCCAUUUUGCUCUCUCCCUCUUCCAAUCCUCUGCGGUCGCCCCCACCACAACCGUCCUCAUCGAUGCCGCUUCCGGCCGCCAUGUCUCGUACGAGAACUUCAUCGGCCAAGUCCACUCCCUCACUCUCUCCCUCCAGUCCUUUGCCCCCGCUCUCUCCAAAGGCCACGUGGCGUUCAUUCUCUCGCCUACUUCCUUCCACAUCCCCGUGCUCUAUUUCUCCCUCCUCGCCUUAGGCGUCGUCGUUUCGCCCGCUAAUCCAAUCGGGUCCGAGUCCGAGAUCGCCUACCAGGUCCGACUCACCCGACCCGCCAUCGCUUUCGCCACAUCAGCAACCGCUCACAAGCUCCCUAAGGAUGAGCUCCGCACCAUAAUCCUCCUGGACUCACCCGAGUUCCUGUCCAUGCUCAAUCGGGUCGGAUCAUCCGACACCCGACCCGACUUCGGAGUCGAGGUCAGCCAAACCGACUUGGCGGCGAUUCUCUUCUCGUCCGGCACCACCGGACGAGUCAAAGGUGUUCUCUUGACUCACCGUAACUUCAUCGGCCUACUAGCCGGGCUCCACGUGCUGCGGCGCGAACCCGACCCUACCCUACUCGAAGAGCAAGUCGUCUCGUUGUUCACGCUGCCUCUGUUCCACGUCUUCGGGUUCUUCAUGCUGGUUCGGGCGGUGGCGAUGGGUGAGACCUUGGUUUUGAUGGAGAGGUUCGAUUUGGAAGCGAUGCUGAGGGCCGUGGAGAGGUACAAGGUCAGCUACAUGCCGGUGUCUCCGCCGUUGAUCGUGGCUCUGGCGAAGUCCGAGCUGGCUCAGAAAUACGAUCUCAGCUCGCUUCGGCUUCUCGGAUGUGGCGGCGCGCCUCUGGGGAAGGAGGUUGCUGAGAGAUUCACCGAGAGAUUUCCCAAUGUGGAAAUUGUGCAGGGAUACGGUUUGACCGAAACUGGGGCAGCGGGUACGAGGAUGAUAGACUCUGAAGAGUCAAAACGGUAUGCUUCUGUGGGCCGCUUAGCCGAAAAUAUGGAAGCCCAGAUUGUUGACCCCGAAACCGGAGAGGCCUUACCUCCUGGCCAGAGGGGCGAGCUGUGGCUGCGAGGUCCAACAGUCAUGAAAGGUUAUGUAGGAGAUGACAAGGCAACUGCUGAAACCUUGGACUCAGCCGGGUGGUUGAAGACGGGUGAUCUUUGUUUCUUUGAUGAUGAGGGGUUCCUCUACAUCGUUGACAGGUUAAAGGAAUUGAUCAAGUACAAGGCCUAUCAGGUACCCCCAGCUGAGUUGGAACCUAUACUUCAAUCCCAUCCCGACAUUGCCGAUGCCGCUGUGAUUCCGUAUCCUGAUGAAGAAGCAGGGCAGAUUCCCAUGGCCUAUGUAUUUAGAAAGCCUGGAAGCAAUAUCACUGAGGCUGAAGUUAUGGAUUUUGUUGCAAAACAAGUUGCACCCUACAAGAAGAUUCGACGCGUAUCAUUUAUCAACUCCAUUCCAAAAUCUCCAGCAGGAAAGAUCUUGAGGAGGGAGCUCAUUAGUCAUGCUCUAUCUAGCCGUUCAUCUAAAUUAUGAUUUACUUCUUCAAACAAAUGUAAGCUUGCUGAGCAUGGCAUUCCAAUUCAACAUAUCAACUUGUUUUAGCACGUAUAUAAAUGCAAUCGAUCUUGGAAGUCACAGUUGUUAUGUUUCUAAUCAGAAUUCGACCGUGUAAAGCUUUUUUGUAAGAUAAACCUACGUUUGAGCCUAAUUGAAAUCUGGCCGGCUGAAGCACAACCUUUCCACA